GUCUCUGUGUUUGCGCGCGCUAUGCAACGCUAUGCAGCGAUGUUAUCAUAGGCAACUUUGCUUUUCCAAUCAGUUUAUGCGGAAAACCGCAACCCAAAUGCGUGUUUAUCUUGCGCCAAUCUCCCGUAUACACCGUAUUUCUCACCCAUCCUUGCUCAAACCCUCGCCUCAUCAGGGACACCGCGGUGUGUACAUGGACGUCUGUGGAACUAGUGUUUAUCGGGGCGGUUGAGCGUUUACAUCCAACCGUCCAUGUUCCCACCAUCUGGUCCGUUGUUUCUCCUUGAUUUCAUCAUCCCCCCUCCCGCAGUAUGAGCCGCCACGACCCCCCGGGGUCCCCCGACCCGGCGGCGCCCCGCCCCUCGCGGCGACCCCGCCCGGGCGGCGACGACGCCCUGGAUAUCGCCGCGCGCAAGCGCCGCCUAACGCUGGACCUGCCCCAACUGAUCCCCAUUCCCAAUAUGCGCACCCCGGGCCUCUCCCCCGGAGGCUCCGCGCCGCUGUUGAGCUCCCCGGACGUGCGGAAGCUGCAGAUCUCCUCGCCGGAGCUGGAGCGCUUGAUCAUACAGAACUGGAUGCAGAAGAGCCCCGGGGCGGCUGGCGGGGCGACGCCGGUCAGUGUGGCGGAGGAGCAGCAGCAGAUGUACGCCAAGGGGUUUGUCGACGCGAUUAAUAGUGUGCAGAGCGGGUUCGUCAAUGUGUUGGCCGGGGGCCCGCCCAGCCCCUACACGGCGUACGGGUUCCCCCUGCCGGUGCCGCUCGCCGCGCCCUUCCUCAUGCACAUCCCGUCCAGCCCGGUGCCGGCGCAUUCCCAGUCGGAGAAUAAUAACAAGGCGCACCAUGGACCAAAUCAAAGCAAUAUCUUGCCAGCCCACUUGACUACCGGCCUGGGCGGUCUGAAGCACGGCAGCAGUCUGCCGGUGCCGCUCCUCCCGCAGAUCGUCUUAUCGCCCAUCUCCCCCACCAGCAUCAUUCCCCCCACCUCCGCCGCCGGGCCCUUGACCAUCCUGGCGCCCGCCGCCUCCCGUGGGCGCCGGCGUCCCACCAAAUCCAGCGAGCCCCCGCCGCCGCCGGCGCCCGCCGAGGCGCUGCCCUACUCCCCGUCGGCUUCCCUGUCGCCGUCCGUGUCGGAGGGGCAGCGGGUGCCCAGUCGGCCGGCCAGCUCCAGCUCCCUGCACCACCCGGGGCGGCGGCGCCACGACAGUGAGGACAGCGAGGAGCUGGACAUGGAAACCACCGAGGAGCCCAUGCAGGUGGACAAUAUGGACUCGGACGAGGAGCGGAUGCAUCGUCGGGCCCGCAAACGCGAACGGAAUCGUCUGGCGGCGGCGCGUUGUCGCCAGCGGAAACUGGAGCGUAUCGAUGAGCUGAGCGGGCAGGCGAAUAAGGUGCGGGACGACAAUGAAGCGCUGGAAAAAGAAGCCGAUAAUCUGCGGCGACAGAUCGCCGCCAUGAAGAAGCAGGUGGCCCUGCAUGUACAGAAUGGAUGUCAUUUUGAUAUGUCGGAGAGUCUGCGACGGUCGGUGGACAGCCUGCUGGCUGAGUCUGCCCGCGCCGAGAAAUAGCAUUCCCCCUUGGAAAAUUCACCGUGGUCUUCUCUCGGUCCGUUGGUGUGAUGGUGUCUCUCCCAGUCAACAAGAAAAGAGUUACAAAGAAUUUACAGUCGGCAAGAAGAGAUGCAUAUUACGUAAUCCCCGCGCGCGUUGUACAGUAUUUGGAUCGCAUGCUGAUUUAAAAACCGAGGACCGUUGAGUUAUUUUUUUCGUCUUAGAUUUACAGUUUUGUUGCCGCGCGCAUCCGGGUUCAUCCGGGUUGUGGUUCGGUCGCGGUGGCUCGGAUGCGGCGUUGUGGUAAUUUUUCUUCCGGUUUGGGAUAAAUGGUGGUUGUCGUGGAAUUACGUUUCCCUUUUCCGCGGUUUUUGCGUUUUGACAUAUGUGUUUUGAACUCAUUCUCUAUG